UUAUGACUAGGGCUCUUUAUGGGGAUUGGGAGUGCAAUAACCACCGAGCUAUAAAAUUAAACAUACCAUUCUAGAAAACAUCUCAAAGGUGAUCAUCACAAUGCUCCAAACGGUGCCCAGAUAUACCAUAUGUUGGCUUUAUAUUGUAAGCCUAUUGUUGGGAAAUCCACAUUUUGCACAGUCCCAAACUGUUUACAAAGGAUGUUUUGAAGUUACUACUGACAUGACAGGUUUGAUUACUCACGAUAGUUUAACCAUAGACAUUGGUAUAGAAGAGUGUUACAAACAAGGAUAUCAGUUCGCUGGCUUGCAGUAUGGCUCUCGCUAUUGGUGUAGCAAUGACAUUGCUUUUCUUAAUUCCAACCGACUAACCGAUGCCUCAUGUGAUAUGGAUUGUUCCGGUAACAACCAACAAAAAUGUGGCGGUGCGUGGCGAAGGUCUAUCUAUGCCAUAGGUAGGUAAAUUAAAAUCAUUGUCAUGUUGCUGGUGCUACGACGACCAAUUCCUCAAGGCUUAUAGGCCUAAAUAAGUUCAAUUUAUUCACUUAUUGCAUCAUCAGUAAAUUACAAGAAACAAAACAUGUAAAAUAAUGAAAAUAAAAAUGUCUAGAGAAAGUCAGA